AUGCUAUGCGCUGUCCUCUCACGCAUCAUCAUCAUCGCCCUCACAUCUCACAAAGCAGACAAUCACCAAAUGGCCUCACUCAUCUGCACAAUUACGAGGCUCCCAUCUCUCCCUCCUUACCAACGCGGUUCUCUCCGCCCACCACCCGGCAUCGCCCAUUACACUCUUCGUAACAUCGAUGCCGUAGGUGGUGUUGAAAGAACCAAAAGAGAAAAAUGCCUCCCCCAUUCUCCACCCGUGGCGAACGGUAAGCCGUGGCGCCUGCAACCGCAACCCAUCAGUCAUCCUCGAAACACCACUCUCACAACCAGCUUGACCAAACGAAGCAUCGAUGCCAUUGCCGAGGAUCCAGUCAUCCAUCCCAAGUUCGAGACUGGUCUGAUCUCUGGCUCCCCAUGGCCACAUCUGCGCCUCAUUCAGAAGCGCCGAGAUUAUGUGUCAAUUAUCAAACCUCUCAUCAAAAAUGGCCCGAACAUCCCCGGGGGGGUUCAAACCACCAUCCCCAGAUAA